UGACGGAUUAGUAAUAUUCACGUUUGCAUCAAAGGCUACAGACACGAGGGAGUACACCGUACCAUUGUUGUCUCUAUUAUCAACGAAGUCUACUGUGGAAUUUGAAGGUUUGACCAGCUCUGCAGAGAGAUUUACGUCUCAAAUGCUACGCUACUACCUAAACGGUGUCAUGGCUUUCCUCCUGUCUCUUGUAGGCUGGUUUAUUCCAGGUCGACCCACAGGUCCUCCGGACGAUGCAGCGUCCGUACGACUGGAUAGAGAUGUUAGAAGUGGAGAUGUUGCAGCUAUAUCCAGCGCCGUCAGAUCGUAUCAACAAGCAGUUCAGCUGCGACUUGAACGAGAUGAACGUAGGGCAGCCUGCCUUGAAGGCCUUGGCAUAGCCCUUCGGAGUUUAUUCGAGGUCCGGGGAGAUAUAGCAGAUCUGAACGAAGCAGUCGAGGGAGUUCAAGAAGCGUUGGAAAUCAAUCCCAAGCGUGUAUCGCUUGCAGUCCUUCUCGCUGACAUCCUCCGCAUGCGUUUUGAAAAAUCGGGUGAUCAUCAAGAUCUGCAUAGAGCCAUCGACAUAUUAUGCAGCAUGCUGGCCGAGUGUGCUCCUCAAUCUGCGGAAUGCUUUUCGAUUCUCAGCGGUCUUUGUCUGUGCAACAGUCUUCUUGUUCGCCAAUCCACAGAACACCUCCAGGCAACCCGCCUCAUUCCCAACCUCAGCUCGUUCAAAUUACCCCUCUUUGGAAGUUCAGAUUACCCCACAGCAUCAAUCAAUUUGGCACAGGCCUAUAUGUACCAUUUCUACGGUUCAGGCGCCCAGGAAGACUUGCGACGAGCUAUCGAGUUCUACUACAAGGCACUACAGGUCCAUAACAGCGGAACGGCGCGUGCCUCGUGCCUUAUGGGACUUGCAAAUGCAGUCUUUGCUCGUUAUCAGCAUUAUGGGGAAGCCGAGGAGCUUCAGACGGCCCUAGAAUCCUAUAUUGAGGCUUUGGAAUACGCCUGCGAGGGAAACCUCAACAUACAGUGCCAGAUCGACCUUGCCGGCGCGUACCGGGCUCGAUUUUAUCGUGAUGGAGACGAUGCUGACCUCCAGAAAUCAUUCAAUCAUCUCAAUAAUGCCCUCAUUCAUUGCCCACCUGGUCAUAUUCACCAUCCCUCAAUUCUUCGUUCCCUGUGCUGGAGCAAGCUUCAUCGUGUCGGCACAUGUACCAUUGACGACUCACAGAAUUUGAUUAAUUCUGCCAAAGAAGCUCUGAAUCUUCAUCCCCUUCACCAUACCGACCGUCGGAGCUGCCUUGUUCUCUUAGCGGGUGUCAUGUACACCCACUUCCAGCGGGUUAGGGAGGUUGAGUAUCUCAACCAGCGUGUUGAGUUACUCGCUGAAUCCUUGAGCCUAUGCUCCGAUACACACCCUGAUCAUGGUAAAGCCUGUAAUGCCCUGGCGGAUGCAUUUCUAGAGCGAUUUGAAUGGGCAGAUGAGCGUGAUGUGGCGGACCUAGAUCGGGCCAUACAACAUGAUAAUCUUGCCACAAAGACAGGAAGUGCACCGCCUUGGAGAUAUCGACCGAAGGCUCUGCUAUUUCGUUAUUUCCUCGCAAAGCAAGAAGAUGACAAGAAAGCUGCUAAAGACGCGUUACUCCAAAUAUGCAGGUCCCCGUACUACAGUUACCUCAGCCGCAUCAGAAUGGCAAUGCAGUGGUCAAGUGUAACCCGGAGUCGGGGAUCUCGUUUUGCAGACCUUACUAUUCUAGGAUACGAGAUUGCCAUAGAACUGCGCACUCAACUGGCUUCAUUUUCUCAUCAAAACACCCAAACUCGUAUCGGUAAUCUAGCUGAAACUGGGGACCGUUUCGCGACGCGCGUCGCAGCCUUGACGUUGCGUGCGUCAGGACCAGCUCGAGCUAUAGAGCUCUUAGAGCAGUCAAGGGCAGUGUUCUGGACGCAAGCAUUGCAAUUACGAAGCCCUUUUGACGGUCUUCCAGACGGUCUACAAAGGGAGCUACAAGAUACUGCUCAAAAGCUUGACGCGGCACCCAAUGAUAACUUCCUGACAGAAAAACAGGUAACCGAACGAAAGAACGCGGCGGCCAGAUUCGAGUCACUGCUUCAGCAAGCCAGAAGUGUCCCGGGAUUUGAGGGUUUGUUACUUUCCAAGUCGUACGACCAACUCUCAGCGGCUUCGACGAAUGGGCCUGUUGUCAUCCUGCUGGGAGACGACGUUGCGAUGGAUAGCUGCAAUGUCAUUAUCAUUAGGUCCCCAGGGAGUUGCCCUGAGCAUUUUGCGUUGCGGAGAAUCUCUACAUAUAAGCUGAAGAAGAGCUUAGAAGACUUCAAUACGGCGCGUCAGGCACGCGAGUCGGAGCCAACUUUCUUCGGAGAUGAUGAUGAUGAGUCGCAUGGCGACCCUGAUGACUCACGCAAGAUGAUCCUCAUGCACUGGAAGGCGGAAUAUAGAGGGUUGCUGGCUAGCCUGUGGUUGCAAAUCGUAAAGCCCAUUAUCGAUCAUCUAGGAUUCACGCGAUCUACAGGGCGUCAGCGUCCAAGAAUCCACUGGUGCCCUACGGGAGAAUAUGCCUUUCUCCCUCUUCAUGCUGCAGGACUGCGCUUUAAGGGAUCCGACAGUGAAUGCACGUUGGAUUAUAUGGUGUCGUCAUACACACCCACUAUAGCAGCUCUUCUGAGGGCUCAAGAGCUCUCCGAGCGCAUAUCCGAGUCUGCCAACAUCAAGGUGCUGGCGGUUGCUCAACCGACUACUCCAGGACACACUUCCUUGCCAAACACAGAAAAAGAGAUCCAUGCGCUUGAGUCAAUCCUUCCGAGUGAUGGUCUAAUACGACUCCGAGACAAUAUCCACUUAAAGCUUGCGGAGACCAACAGCAAUGUCACAGUCUCCCAAGUCGUGGAACAGCUUCCUGGUGCCUCCAUUUUGCAUCUCGCUUGCCAUGGACAUCAAGACCAAGACUCCCCAUUGAACAGUGGUUUUGCCUUAGAAGAUGGAUUUCUAACAGUCCGCAAACUCUUUGAAAUGCAGACCCCACGUGCACGCCUCGCCUUUCUUAGUGCAUGUUCGACGGCAGCAGGUUAUCAGAGACUACCUGACGAACCGAUCCACCUGGGUACUACAAUGCUGUUUUCCGGGUUUCCCAAUAUUAUCGCUACCCUUUGGACUAUGGGUGAUAGAGACGGACCAGAUGUCGCCAGGGACGUUCACACAUGCCUUUUUGACUGUUCUUUGCAUACAUGGCACCUUGAUGGUGAUGGCAUCGCUUAUGCCCUUGACGAGGCUGUCAGAAAUUUAAUUAACAAAGGUGUAGAUCCAAGUCGCUGGGCGACAUACAUUCACAUAGGACCGUAAUACCUGCAUAGUGUCACAGCCACUGACUGAGUUCUAGCAGUUUCAUUCUGUCACCCUUGAUCAAGUCACUGCGACUGCUCAAAGUCCCGUUGUCGUCUUGCCAGUGAUCUGAUUCUGUGAUCACGUCGUUC